CCGAGCGAUUCUGUUCCUUAGAAACAGUCAACUAACGGAGCGGGGCUUCCACUUCACGCCUCCGGGAACAGAACCGUGUGACCGUCACGAGCUGAACGGACUCCGACGGUUCUUGUGCUUUUCUCUAUUGAGCCGGAACUUCUGUGGAUCUCCUGAAGCGGAACGGAUUGUCUAGUUCCCCACGGAGGCGGUAGCGUUGGGAACGGAAACCUAGACUGUACACACAACAAGAGUUAGCAUAGCCGCAGUGGUGGUGGAUUCGAACCACGAACACGGACCAUGUUUAAAAACACGUUCCAGAGCGGGUUCCUCUCCAUCUUGUACAGCAUCGGCAGCAAACCUCUGCAGAUCUGGGACAAAAAGGUGAGGAAUGGGCACAUCAAACGAAUCACCGACAAUGAUAUUCACUCCCUGGUGUUGGAAGUUGAAGGGACAAACGUCAGCACCACCUACAUCACGUGUCCCGCAGACCCGAAGAAGACACUGGGCAUCAAGCUUCCUUUUCUGGUCAUGAUCAUAAAGAACCUCAAAAAGUAUUUCACUUUUGAGGUCCAGGUGUUGGAUGAUAAAAAUGUCCGGAGACGUUUUCGGGCGAGUAACUACCAGAGCACGACACGAGUGAAGCCGUUCAUCUGCACCAUGCCCAUGAGGCUGGAUGACGGGUGGAAUCAGAUCCAGUUCAACCUGUCGGACUUCACCAGGAGGGCGUAUGGAACCAAUUAUAUCGAGACGCUGCGUGUACAGAUCCACGCAAACUGUCGCAUUAGGAGGGUGUAUUUCUCCGACAGACUGUACUCUGAGGACGAACUCCCGGCAGAGUUUAAACUUUAUCUGCCUGUCCAGAAUCCGAAGGCCAAGCAAUAGACCUCCUCCACCUGCAUCGCUCCCCGUUUGAUGAAAUUUGUAAUAUAGUAAUUUUCGGAGCUUGAGUUCUGAGUGAUGUCUUUUGUUCUCUGCUCAAUAAAGUUUUUUCAAUUAA